AAACAAUAGAGUAUCCGACUCCAAGUUGGAAACAACACAACUGAAAACGUUAACACUUAAAACACAAACUUGUUGAGGGGCCACUCCCUGGGGGCGCCAUUCUCUUUUUCCUUUCAAAAAGCAAAGCUAACAUCUCUCUCUCUCUCUCUCUCUCUCUCAUCGCUACCCUGUUGGUGGAUAACCAUAUUUCAGCAACCCCUUUGCAUCUGAUCUAAGAAUCCCAAGCUCAAGUACCCAUUAUUUGUCAUUUCAUGAUCUAGGUAAAUAGUUCGUGAAAAUGACGAGGAUGACCCGUGAUUUUGGGGAUACUAUGCAGAAAGAUGCAGUGCCGGCUGUGUCGGCUGAUGUAAUAUUUGCUUCUCUUCGGUUUCCUAAUUACAAAAUUGGAGCUAACAAUCAGAUCGUGGAGGCAAAGGAUGACUCAAAAGUGCUAUCUAUGAAGGAGGUUGUUGCACGUGAGACUGCACUGCUGUUGGAACAGCAGAAACGUCUGUCAGUUCGCGAUCUUGCCAGUAAAUUUGAGAAGGGUUUGGCUGCUGCUGCUAAGUUGUCUGAAGAGGCUAGACUUAGAGAAGCAGCUUCACUGGAAAAACAUGUUCUUUUGAAGAAGCUUCGAGAUGCACUGCAAUCCUUAAAGGGGAGAGUGGCAGGAAGAAACAAGGAUGAUGUACAGGAAGCCAUUGCUAUGGUUGAGGCUCUAGCAGUUCAGUUGACUCAAAGGGAAGGGGAGCUAAUACAAGAAAAGGUUGAAGUGAAGAAGCUAACAAAUUUUCUUAAGCAGGCUUCUGAAGAUGCUAAGAAACUUGUGGAUGAGGAAAGAGCUUUUGCUCGUUUUGAAAUAGAUAAUGCCAGAGCAGCAGUUCAGAGAGUGGAGGAGGCACUUCAGGAGCAUGAAAGAAUGUCUCGAGCUUCAGGGAAACAGGACGUGGAACAAUUAAUGAAGGAGGUUCAAGAAGCUCGGAGAAUCAAAAUGCUGCAUCAGCCAAGCAAGGUUAUGGAUAUGGAACAUGAGCUUCGAGCAUUGAGGGUUCAACUUGCAGAGAAGUCUCGACUCUAUCUUCGACUACAUAAGGAGUUAGCAAGGACAAAGAAAGGAGAGGAAAAUGUUCCCCAGUUAUAUGAAUUAGAAGGGACUGAAACAUUAGGUUCAUAUUUGCAAAUUGAACCUUCCUCUGAUAAUGCCCCUGAACUUUCAAAAUGUUCAAUUCAGUGGUAUCGUGUAUCAACUGAAGGUGCCAAAAAGGAACUUAUUUCAGGAGCUACCAAAUCAGUUUAUGCUCCUGAACCUUUUGAUGUUGGACGCAUAUUGCAAGUUGAUAUUAUUUCAGAAGGUCAGCAGAUCACAUUGUCAACCACUGGUCCAAUUGAUCCAGCUGCUGGUUUGGGAACCUAUGUAGAGGCACUUGUGCGAAAACAUGACACUGAAUUCAAUGUGGUUGUAACUCAGACUGGCUCAGAUCAUCCAACGGAAUCUAUUCAUGUGCUUCAUGUUGGAAAGAUGCGGAUGAAGCUCUGUAAAGGAAAGACAACAAUUGCCAAAGAAUACUAUUCAAGUUCAAUGCAGCUUUGUGGAGUUCGAGGAGGUGGGAAUGCUGCAGCACAGGCAAUCUUUUGGCAACCAAAGCAAGGUCUUUCUUUUGUAUUAGCUUUUGAAUCAGAGCGAGAAAGGAAUGCAGCCAUCAUGCUUGCAAGGAGGUUUGCAUUUGACUGUAAUGUAUGUCUCCCUGAACUAUUUACAUUAGAUUUACUCAGAGAUGGAUUUGGCUCCUUUAAAAUAUGGUGCGUACUUUGGACAUUAAAGUUCGAAAUGAUAGCUGUUGAUUAGAAAAUUAUUGGUUAAGAUUUGAACUUCAUGUAUUGUUACCCAUGUACAUGUAUUUUAUCACAAUCUCAACCGUUAAUUUUUCAAUAAGUGGCUAUCAUUGCUCUCUACCCUCUUGAAGUGCACCUCUCACUUUAGAAGAGCCAAAUUGGAGACUAAUAUCUUUAUGAAUUUAACCAUUCAUCAUUCUUUUUUACCUCUUGGUCUUUGUUGCUAAAUUUCUAAUGCAGAUUACACUUUCUGGACCUGAUCACAAAGCUCCUUCAGAAACGUAAUGGGGCCUCCUUGAAUAUUAUUUUCUCAACUGUAAUUAUUUGAGUUUUCCUUCCUUGUAUUAUAAGUGUGUAACAGUGAAAUAUGCCUUUGGAUUGUGCUAAGGAUUCAUACCUUGUGGUCUGAAUUCCUUCAUUCAAUUUUCUUUCACCAACACCAGGGCAUUUUUUUUCUUUGCCUUUGUGAGUGACACUUGAUGAAGUUUUUAGAGCUUACAUUAUGGAAAUGGUGGAAGUUAUGUCCGGCGUUUGAGGUGCUAAUUGAUUGUAUUUGAUUGAUCCAAU